AGUCUACUUGAAAGUCAAUAAAGAUUAAAAACUUUUGAACUCCAUCUUUUUUAUAUUAGUUUUCUAAAAUUCACCCAUAGUAGAAAGUUAUUGUAUUGAUAAGUGGAUGCUUGUGUGAGUCGUUCAAUUGCCCCAUACAUCUGAUAAAAUAAAGAUGUCCUCUUUCUCGGAAUUAGAUCGACAGCCAUUUAUACUUGUAUUUAUUUAGUGUAAUUAUACAAAAACUGAAUGGGCUGUUAAGUAGCUCAUUGUUCGGUGAUCGCCCCGUGAUGCAUUUAGACUUCCGGUAUCCGCUUUGCUGUCCGUUUAUAUCGGACAGUGCGUUCGUAAUGAGAGCUGUCAAUCGUUUCCUACGUUAGUUUAGGACAUUGUUCAGGGACUUGUUAUCAUAACAGACCCUGCAAUCUCUAACUGAGGCUUUAAUUGUACUUAAUGAAGCUGUACGACUUAGAUAAAUAUACCAUGUACAAGAAGCGCAUUUAUAUUAGUCAAGAGUUUGGAUCGUUUUGGAGAUAAAAACCUUUACACAUAACACGCUCACUUUUGUUCUUCUUAAUGGUAUUGGAGAAAGUUACUGGUUAUCUUUGCUCUUCACGUGAAUGCACAUUGAAGGUUAAAGACAUGAAUUGUUACAAUGUGAACAUGACAUACAUUGUCAUGUACACGUCUGUCGUUGGUUGUAUUCUCCGGGUCCAGACGAAAUGUUUAUGACGGUGCUUUGAAUAACAUUAUUGACAUCAUUCAAACGUUUUGAUAAGAGUAUGUUUACCUCAUCUCACUGCAGACGUAUCGGCAAUGGAAAUCCUAUUUGUUGUAUUAUACGAUGUAUUAUUCUUCCGGUAUCCGUUUUAGCGUGUUUCCUGGGCUGGCCACAGUAGCAUUGGCAACAGACUUAUUUGUGUUUCCUGUGUACCUUCCUGUUUAGUUUUGAUAUUAUCGUCAUUUGCUUUAUGAGUAUCUGUGAUAAUUACAUGUCAAUUAAUCGCCCGCCCCGAGGAAUGUGAUCAAUUGACCGAUCGCUACCUGCUCGCCAUGGAAGAAAACACCACUGAAGGUCCUACACCGGUGACCCAGAGCUUGUUGGUCCUGAAUCUGUCUCUUACCGAGAACCAGAGAGAGAUUCUGGAGAGGGUGAAUGAUGAGCGGGCCCACCUCCUCACCCCCGUCAUCGCGUUCCUCUCCCUUCUCAUGGUCCUCGGGAUCGUAGGCAAUCUUCUUGUGUUAUAUGUGUACGAAUUCCGAUUUAAACGCUCCAGUUCUCGCGCUUUUAUUCUCUGCCUGGCAAUGCUGGACUUUGUGGCUUGUGUGAUAGGAAUGCCUUACCAUAUCUAUGACAUGUACCAUACUUACAUCUACUAUGACGAGGCCUCUUGUAAAGGACUGUCCUAUAUACUUGGAGUUACUGUGACAGCCUCUUCUAUUAUCUUGAUUAUAAUCGCCAUUGACAGAUACCAAAAAAUAUGCAAACCGUUUGGAAAACAGAUCUCGGAUCUUGGAACUAAAAAGGCGUGUGUUGCCUCGGUGAUUGUGGCGAUUGUAUUUAGCAUCCCGCACAUCGUUAUGUACGGCAAUGCCUCUAUAGAAGUCGAGGGCGCGAAUUUUACCGGAGUGGAAUGCUACAUUAAAGAUGAAUACGAGGAGUCUUCCACGUCUUAUAUUUAUUUUGGGUUUUUCUUUUUCCUGUUUAUAACCACAACAACGGCUCUGAUCGUGCUGUAUUCUCUAGUUGGAUGCAAGAUCCGACGGCGAGCAACCAACAUCAGCUCAGACAACGGGUCCACCAGAAAGGAGAGGCCUGUCGCAAAGGCCAGGUCCUUCAGUAUUUGCGGGUCCGAUCCGGAAACAUCCAACGAGAUUCUGUCGGAGACGGACGACAGUAUAUCCGCCAUUAAAGUGAAGACCAUCUCCUACAAAAAAGGAAACGCGGAGAGCAUGUCGGAAUGUAAGUUGGAGUACGAGAACGCAGCGACGCCGAUUUUCACCGGCGUCAAACAACAGGAUAGAGACUCCAGCGCCUCUCGGAAUUCGCAGGCGAGAUCCCCAAACUCACCGAUGAUUCGGAACGCAGUGAGGGGAGAGAGCCGAAAGAAAAAGAAGUUUCUGGACAUUUACAGACGACAGACAAUGUCUAUCAGUGAUGAGGACAGCGAAGAAGGCCGAGAACAAAGUCAGCGGUCCUUCCGGAGCUCCUUGUCAGGGAAGUCGCUUUCUAAAAGACAAAAACGGACGGUCAGAAUUACGGGAAUGUUAUUUAUGAUAACGCUGGUUUAUAUUAUUAGCUAUCUCCCCCAUCUGGUGCUUCUGAUCCUGGAGUUUAUGGACCCCGCAGGCUUCGAGAACCUGUCUCCGUGGGCUUUCACGGGCUAUAACUUUCUCCUCAGAUCCUAUUUUAUAAACAAUAUGGCGAACCCCAUUGUUUAUGGAUUUCUUGAUCCUAAAUUCAAAUACGAAGUUGUGUUUUUGUUUAAAAGCUGUAUGAAUUGCAAGCAAAGGAGUAUCUCUCGGCGGUGAAUUGAUGGAGACGAAUUUAAUAUUUUGCUUUAUGUCUUUCAAAUGUUUAUGUUCAAAUCCCGAUGAAAAGAAUGUGCAGUGACAUAAUUUUCAUAUUAUUGCAAUGCCAAAGAAUAUAUUUAUUUAUAAUUGUUUAUAUUUAUAAGCUUUGUAAGAUUGUUAAAGAAUAUUUCCUAAGUUGACGCUUUUAGAAUAAAAAUCACGUGCAAGCUUU